AUGGCCAACAAAAACUCAAGUAAACCCAAGCUAUCCAAGGGCAUAUUGGAAAUGAAAUUUAUGCAAAGGACAAAAGAAAAAGUCAACAAAGAAAUUGAAGCUGCUGAAGGACGUGAAAUGUACUCCAGUGAAAUUACCGAACGCAUGAAAAACAGUAAAUCAAAUUUCAUUAUGGAACCAAGUUUUGUUCACUGUGAAAAUCUCAUUGAGGGUCGUUUAAGUUUUCGUGGUAUGAAUCCAGAAAUUGAACGGCUGUUGGAAUUGGAAAAAGCCGAAAAGGAAGCAACAAAACGACAUGAACAAAGUACCGAUGUAUCCAAUGAAGAAAUGGUCAAAUUUUAUCAUGACACAAAAGCGGCUGGGGCUGGACGCACCAUGGAAAAUAAAUUCAAUAAAUAUAAGAAAGUUAAUAAGAGACAUGCGAAUAAUGAUGGUCAUGAUGAUGAUGCUCAGACAGUGACAAUGCCAAAUGAAAGACAAAAUCACGGAUUUGCGGGGAAAAAGAAAAGAGGAAAAUUUAUGAAACCCAAUGAUGAUUAG